AUGAUUUUAAAUGAAACCAAAGAUGAAAUCAAAAACUGUCCCUGUAAGGUUUGUGGGAAUAAAGCUCACGGUAUACAUUUUGGUGUGAUUUCUUGUCGUGCGUGCGCUGCAUUUUUUCGUCGAUUUAUUGUAUUGAAUUUGGAAUAUGUUUGUUUGAAAGAUCCUGAGAAAUGUGACGUUGAUAUCAAUAGAAGAAAUUCUUGUAGACAUUGUCGUUUUCAAAAAUGUCUGACAGUUGGAAUGACUACAGAUAGUUAGUUUUCUAAUUUUUGAUCAACAAGUUUUUCAAUUUUUUUAUUUUUGCAGAUGUACAAUUCAACCGAGAUGUUUAUUUAUAUGACAAAGAAGGUCGGAAACCAAAAAAGAAAACAUCGAAAUCAACGUCAAGUUGUAGCGUCGAAGUUAUUGAAGUGAUUGAAGAAGUGCCUUCUACAAGUCUGCAGAAUAUGGAAGUCGUGUUGCAAGAAAAUGUGUAUCGUGCCACAGUUCUGGAAGAAUGUAAAAAUAUCGAUAUUCGAGUUAAAUGUGAAAAAAUAUUCCAAAGUGGUUAUCCAAAUAUUUAUGAAGAUUUGGGAAAUAUGAACUUUUUGGAAAAAGUUGCAUUUGGUCUCGAAAAAUUGCGAGCUGAUCAGGAAGUUAUUGAUAUAAACUUCGAUAAUCGAUUGAGUUAUGAUAAUUUGGUUCCACAUUGGGCAAGUGUUUCCACGAAACUUGCCAACCUUUUUAUGCAUUCAUGGGCUUUUCGAAAUAUUCAUCCGUAUGAGCAAACAAGGAUUUUCAGAUAUGUUUGGAAGACUCUCUAUCGGUUAGAGAGGUUACAAAUGACUGUGAAGAUUUUUGGUGAAAAAUGUGUUGAUGAAAAGGUUGGAGAUUUUUAAAUACUCUAUUUUUACAACUUUUUUGUAGAAAAUAAUUAUAAAUUGCAAAAGAGCUAUUCAACUUGAUGCUCUUUUCAUGGAUAUUGAAGGAAUUUCGCGAGAAAAGAAAAAAUUCACAUUGACAGAAUAUAAAAAAUAUGCACAUCGUUUAAUAGAUGAAAUAGCAAAACCGUUAUGCAAACUUGAUUUAUCAACAAUUGAAGUCGCAUACAUGUUAUGUAUCUGUUGUCAAUACAAUGAAGAAUAUUUUUUCGGGAAUAAUGUAACUCCAGUCACCGAUGUUUUUCAAGAUCAAAUAGGCGAAAAUCUUCAUGAAUAUUAUAAAAGCAUUGGAAUUAUCAAUUAUGCUCCAAGAGUCAAACUGAUUAUGAGUAUUAUUAUUAAUAUGAAACGAAUUCAUUAUGAUGAUUUUCUUGGAAAUCUAGUUUAUCCUCCUGGAAUAUUUGAUAUCGAAAAAUGCACACAUCAAUGA